UAAUUUAGGAGAGAAAGAGAGAAAGAGAUGCAGUUCUGUUAAGAAAACGACACAAAAAGUAAAGUAAAACCUUCCAGGUGGAAAAUUACACAAAUCUAAUAUAAAGUUCUGAAUCGUGGAAGAGGACAAGUUGAUUUGGGGAAAGCAGGCGGACAACGUCUACCAGUGAAGAACAAUAGCGAGGAAGAGAAGCAAAGCCUGGCUGCUUCAGGGACCAAUGCGAAGGUGAUCUGAAGAGAAAAAGUAAGUAAAGAACAGAACCAGUGGGUGAAGGAGCCGGGAGACACGAAGAGGACCAGGACAAAGAAUAGAAACUCACCUUCAGGUAAAGUCUAUUGCAUAUGAAUUACUGUUACACUAAAUCUGGACACCAGACACUCCACUUAAUGUUCAAACCUCAGCAUGUUUAAAUUAAUAUUACAUUUUGUCCUACUAAUCACUGUUCAAGUUUAGUUUCUAUGCGUUAACAUGGAACUGUUUUCACUGUGCAAAACAUCUGUGGACCUCAUUAAACACACUGGGCUGCUGACCAUAAUAAUGAUAAUAUCAAUUAUAGUUAUCAACAUAAUAAUCUCAACAAUGCAUUAAAUGAGUUGAAAGGAUUGCCCUUCAAACCACCUGUUUACUGGAAGAUUUCUUUCGUCACUUUUUAUGCUUUUUCAUUUUGAACGACUUAUUUCCAAGAAACUUAUGAGCACAUCUCUGGUCUGGACUUGCAUUUAUAUAGAACGUCUCUAGUCUUCAGACCACUCACUGCGCUGUGAAAAUCACUGCGCUGUCAUUGACUGAUGGCCUCCAUACAAGGUGCCACCUGGUUUUACAGUUUUACUGAUCUGUCUAAUAACUACACUAAUGAAUUAGUCGAGGACAGCCCUACUGUUGACAUGUACCUGAUGAGGACCUCUAGACUUUUUGUGCCUAAAAUACCCAAACAUAAACCAUAGCAAUGGCUGAUGAGAUACUGACAUGUGUGAGGGUUACUGGUGUUCGAUCAAUCACUGUAGGUCUGAGGUUUUCAAAGUGGGAGGCGGGCCUCCCCGGGGGGCUACAAAAUAUUCAGAGUAGAGACCAAAUGGAAAUAAAAACUGAUGAGAUUAGUUUUUACAUUAGUGAUAAGAUCACAUAGCGUAGCCUAAAUAUGUGUGUUUCAUAGAUAGCUCAGAGAUACAGUAGUUUCUAUUUUCUUACUUUCUCUGAGUCAGAAACAGAUAAAUCAGUGAAUCAGGACAGACAUUUUUCUUUGGUGUAGUCUGAAGUUAUGUCAAACAGUACUACUAGGCUGUCUUGGGUCAAUUGUUGAGUGUCUAUGGCAACCUUAGGCACUAGCAAUAAGUGUGCAAGACAGUUUUUGGGAGAGAUUGAGGUUCCCUUUCAUCCACACGCCAAAUUUUCUUUCAUAGCCACUGGCAGAUGCUCGGUCUGUUAUUGAUUGAUUGAUUUUUUUCCCCACACCUGCAUUGAGUGAAGCACUCUGCAUUCCUUCCCUGCCUCUGAUUGGCUAGCCCUCGUUGCCUUAUUCACAGUCUCAGACUUUGAGAACCUCUGCUGUAGGUCUCAUCAUGUCCUCUGACUAUUCACCUAUAGUAGCUGGUAGAAACAUGCACUGACAUGAAACACAAGCUUUCCUCCUUGAUUUAUACAAUCAAUACAACAACUAACAUAAUUCUGUGCCAUACUUAACCACAGCAGCUAUCGUCACUUUGCUCUGAAAAAGGGUUUGUAGAAGAUGUGUGACUCACAGGUUUGCUGUGGCCUUGGGAAAUGCCUUCAGCAGUAUAAUUAGGUCUACUGAGGAGAGGGGGGAGCUUCCUUCCUGUCAGCAGUUUGACUUCCUGUGUGGGGUCAGUAGUCAGUGUGAGGACCACUUAGUCAGAGACCAAUCACACUACUACUGUGAACAUGCUCACAUACACUCAAACACAUAACGUGUUUGUAGGGUAAUGUUUCACAACUUUGACCUAUUAAAAACAUCAACGUCAUAUAAACCCAUACACUAAAAGAGUUAGUCGCUGUAAUUAUUCCUCUAUUAGUGACCACUUUUUAAAAUAUCCACCGUCUUCAUCCUGUGCAAAGAGAACAGGAAGCUGAAGUAGCAUCACAGUAGGUUGUAUCACAGUAACAAAGUACACAUGUACAACAUGUGACUAUAAUAUACCAGAACAUAUCACUGUCUGUGGAAACACACACACGCACACACACACACACACACACACACACACACACACACACACACACGUCAGAAUAGCAUUACCUUCCGGUCUCCACUACUCAUAUCUACUUUAAUAACUAACAUUACAGUAUCUUACAGUCUUGUGUUUAACAUUUGUAUUUGUUAAACAUAGAGGUUCCAUACUUUUUAGUUCGUAUGUAACUGUAAAAAUACAGUAACAGAAGAACCACAUUAAGAUAAAUACAUUUCAUUACAACCAGUAUGGACACAAUCUAGAAUUCGGUUAAAAGUGUUAACAAUUAACAAACAGUUGGUUUGAACUAGCCAAUCCUAGUUUAGGAAAAUUUCCUCCCUGGACACGCCCCCGUUGUAUGUGUUUGUGCUGUAAAAAAUGAAAUUGAAUUGUCUUGAAACAUCUUAUCAUUCUUCUUCACAAUACACAUUUCCCAUCUCUUUGGUGACUUGCUCCCUGCUCAAACACCAGCCCUCUCACCAAGGAAACCCCAGACACACCACAACAAAGCCAUAAAAGAGACUGUACAUUCAUUCCUCAGUUAUUUAACCAUAGUGACCCGCAUGACGGCACAAAAACACAGUAGCCAGGCUAAGUUAGCGGUAACAUGCAGCAUUGUUUGAACGUAGUUCUCUUCUGCUUCCCUCUUUCUGUUGCAGGAUGUCAGUGUCUCGGAGGUGUUUGUGCUGUGUCAAAUAUUUGAUGUUUGUCUUUAACCUCAUCUUCUGGCUAGGAGGAUGCGGCUUGUUUGGCAUUGGAGUCUGGCUUUCCUUCACGCAGGUGGAGUUUUCCUCUCUUCCCCUGUCUUUUCCAUCCCUCUCAGCUGCCAACCUGCUGCUGGUUGCCGGUGGCAUCACCAUGGUGACUGGCUUCCUGGGUUGUCUUGGAGCCCUGAAAGAGCAGCGGUGCCUGUUGUUCAUGUUCUUUGUGAUCCUUCUGCUCCUGGUCCUGACAGAGGUCACUCUAAUGUUGGUUAUACACAUCUUCCAUGACAAGCUGGAUGCCAAAGCACAAGGUGAAUUGAAGGAAGGUAUGAAGAUUUAUGAAUCAGAACCUGGACUGAAAAAAUCUUGGGACAACGUCCAGAAAAUGUUCAAGUGCUGUGGAGUAACUAACAAAACCGACUGGUAUGAUGUACUGAAUGGAACGUUGCCCUCAUCCUGCUGCUCCGUUGGGACAGACCAGUGUGUUGACGGAUGGAGUGAGCCGUGUUAUCAGAAGGCCAGGCAGUGGCUGCUGGAUAACAUCUCCUCAGUCCUGGUGUUUGGAGUGUGUAUUGGUGUUGUGCAGUGGAUGUUGUUUACAGAAAAGGGUAUUGUAGCUCAAAUGCCUCCUGAAUGGAAAGAACAACAAAUUCACAGUAUGUACAACAUUAUGUCAUUGGACAACCCAAAGCUCUUUCAGACCAGCCAAACAAUCCUUCAUCAUGUGAAAGUUGCACUAUAAAUUGGCCACAUCUUGUUUCAUCCUUUUGGUGGAUAACAAUUAUUUAAUAAACUUCAUCUAUCUAUCUAUCUAUCUGUCUGUCUGUCUGUCUGUCUGUCUAUCUAUCUA